UGCUGCCGUCUGUGUGCGAGAGGUAGUGCUCAUCCUCGUACUGUAUGUAUGCUCAUUGACAUCGAAAUUUUAUGACAAAGCGUGGCACUGUUGCACCAUAGUACUGAAGCAUACAGUCUAUCACAAAGCAGCAUUUCCUUGUGUUAAAAAGCCUCCUGGUGACGUUUACCGCAAGAUGGUAGUGGGAGCGUGUGCUGUAUGCGGCUGCCCAGCCAGCCAGAGGUGUGGAAAGUGUCACCUCACAGCUUACUGCAGCAAGGAUCAUCAGAAGCAGCACUGGAAGACUCACCGCACCGAAUGCAGUCCUUACAGGGUGUGCCAGUCAGAAAACCUGGGUCGGUAUUUAGAGGCAUCGCGGGACAUCCUGCCGGGGGAAAUCAUCUUGAAGGAUUCCCCUUUAGUGUUGGGUCCUCGUCAGGUGACGGUGCCUGUAUGUCUGGGUUGUUUCACCCCUGUCAAUGGUACAUACUCCUGUACAAUGUGUGGCUGGCCUCUGUGUGGUCCUGAGUGCCAAGAGAACGAUCUUCACAAAGCAGAAUGUCAAUUCUCAAGAAACAGGACAUCGAAGGUUCAGGUGCACAAGUUUAUGCAGGUGAACCAGAUGUAUGAGUGCAUCACACCCCUGCGAUGCUUGUGGCUCAAGCAACACGAUCCCACACGCUGGGUUUCCCUCACCCAAAUGGAGGCCCACAUGGAGCAGCGUCGUACUACUGACGUCCACGAGGUGAAUCAAGUCAAUGUCGUGGACUUCAUGAAGCAGUAUCUUAAAAUCACCACAUUUGAAGAAGAUGAAAUACACAAAAUAUGUGGAAUAAUUGAUGUCAAUGGUUUUGAGAUUCCAGGACCGAACAUUAUAGGACUGUAUGGCAAAGGAUGUCUGGUGGAACAUAACUGUAUUCCUAACACCACGCGGACCUUCGAUGCACAGCUCAAUCUGGUUAUCAGGGCGGCAGUGAAGAUACCAAAAGGCAGCCACAUUUCUACAUCCUAUUCAGAUCCUAUGUGGGGCACGGCCAACAGGCAGUUGCACCUCACCACCACCAAGUAUUUCAAGUGUUCGUGUGAUCGGUGCUUCGAUCCCACUGAGUUUGGAACGCAUCUCAGCAGCCUGCGGUGUGUCAAAUGUACCGGAGGUCUGAUGCUGCCGUCCCCUUCGCCUCUUGAUCCUGAUAUCUGGGCAUGUAAUUCUUGUCCAGCCACUCUGAGCGUUGAACAUGUGGAACAGUUUUUGAAACAAAUGGGAGAAAAACUUGUGAUGCUUAAGGAAAAUUCUCUGAAUUCUUCAGAAGCAUUUUUGAAAGCCUCAUCAUCCAAGCUGAGUGAGAACCACUACUACAGGAGCGACGUAAAGUUAGCUCUAGCGCAGAUGUACGGUCGUGGAGGAAGCCAGACUCAACAGCAACAGCCAAACUUGAAGGACCUUUCCAAAGAUCUUUUGGAGAGAAAAGAGACCCUUUGUCGUGAAGUACUAGCGCUGGCAGACUUAUUUUCUCCAGGAGAAAGCAGGCUGCGAGGUCUUCUUCUGUAUGAACUCCAGGCUGCUUGCAGAGAGAGGUAUAGAAGGCUUCCGAAAAAACUGAGAAAUACGUCGCAUUCUUGUGAACUGUUGCAAGAGUGCGCAACUUGGUUGAAGGAGGCUAGCACCAUCCUUCAGCGAGAGUCACCCCUCCAGGAUGAGUAUCACCUCGGACUACAAGCAGAGGAGGAGCUAAGCGGUCUUACAAGUGUUCUUGCCAGAUUCCAUUAAAUUCUCAGCGAAGAGACAGGUUGAGUAUGGGCAUGAUGGAGACUUGCCUGUAAUUGACCAAUAAAGUGUAUCUUUACCA